GGUUUAGUAGUUGUACAGAAUCUCGAUUGUCGUUGUUCGUGCACGCCUACACCAGGCUGUGUGAGCCCAGCCGUCAAAUACUCGAGAUACAAGUUUUAUAGAGCCAUACCUAUUCUUUGUCACAAUUCUGGGUAUAGUGUGGAAGAAAGAAUCAAUGGAUUCUGCCGCCCUGCCAUUUACUAAUUCCUCCAUUAAACAACAUCCUGCUCCUCAAAAUUUCGAUUUGAAGCCCUCGAAAAUUUCAGCAACUUUCUGCAGAUGUGAACUCAGCCCCCAGUCAUCAUCCUCGUUAUCGAAUGCAAACAGCGGUGCAGUUCGCCAGCUGCCCACUCGCUCCACCUCAAUUAAGCUGUUGCAGGCCCUCAAGAAGGAAAAUAACCCUUUGAAGGCCUUCACAAUGCUUCAAGGGGCCAUAACCCAAAAGGGGUUUACUCCCCACCCUUUAGUCUGCGAAUUCCUCAUUCAUCGCCUGGGAUGUGCAGGGCAUUUGGAACAAAUGCGGUAUGUUUUGAGCUUAAUGAGUGAGCCAACAGAGAAAGCCUUCUCCAGCGUCACUAUGAGCUACGCCAAAGCGCACAUGGUCGACCAUGCCCUUGGAGUCCUUGACGAAAUGCAGGUAGCACGAUUCACACCCACUAACAAAAUCUACAACAUUUUGCUGAAUUUUCUUAUUAAUGAAAACAAGUUUACUAUGGCGGAAUCACUGUAUUCGCAAAUGAUGACUGUUGGGAUCCAACCAGAUGUUAUGACCUACAAUACAUUGAUCAAGGCGCAAUGUAAGGCUGGCAACAUGGCUUCUGCAUUUAGUUUGUUGAAAAAUAUGUCUUCCGACUUUGGUUUGGUCCCUAAUGAGGUAACAUACAAUACUCUUAUGGCUGGUUUUAUUCGGGCGGAUAGGAUAGAAGAGGCUUUGGAGUUGUUGACGGAAAUGGAACUAAAUGGCUGCACUCCUGAUAAUUUCACUUACACAACGCUAAUCAAUGGAUUCUGUAACAAGGGCAAGAUGGAUGAGGCUGCCAAAUAUCUAGAGGAGAUGUAUGGAAAGGGGCUCUGCCCUGACAUUGUGACUUUCAGUUCAAUAAUUAAUGGGUUGUGCAAGCAAGGCUGGGUGAAUGAGGCUGCCAAGCUUCUAGAGGAGAUACGUGGAAGCGGGCUCAACCCAGAUACUGUGACUUUCAAUACACUAAUAAAUGGGUUUUGCAAGCAACGAAAAAUUGAGCAGGCUGUUAUGUUUCUGGAGGAGAUGCGCGGAAAUGGGCUCUAUCCAGAUACAGUGACCCUCAGUACAUUAAUUAAUGGGCUCUUGAUGCAGGGAAGGAUGGAGGAAGCUGUUAAACUUCUGGAGGAGAUGCGUGGAAGUGGGUUUUAUCCAGAUACUGUGAUUUUCAAUAAAGUAAUCAAUGGGUUCUGCAAGCAGGGAAAAAUGGAGGAGGCUGUUAAAUUGCUGGAGGAGAUACGUGAAAAUGGGCUCUACCCAGAUACUGUGACUUUCAAUAUACUAAUCAAUGGGUUUUGCAAGAAAGGAAGAAUGGAAGAGUCUGUUAAACUUUUGGAGGAGAUGUAUGGAAGUGGGCAUUACGCAAAUACAGUGACUUUCAAUACAGUAAUCAAUGGGUUCUGCAAGCAGGGAAGAAUGGAGGAGGCUGUUAAACUUCUGGAGGAGAUGCGUGGAAGUGGGCAUUACGCAGAUACAGUGACUUUCAAUACAGUAAUCAAUGGGUUCUGCAAGCAGGGAAGAAUGGAGGAGGCUGUUAAGCUUCUGGAGGAGAUGCGUGGUAGCGGGCAACAUCCAGAUACUGUGACUUUCACUACACUAAUCAAUGCAUUCCGCAAGCAGGGAAGUAUGGAGGAAGCUUUUAAACUUUUGGAGGAGAUGCGAGGAAAUGUUUUUUUCCCAGAUUCUGUGGUUUUCAAUUAUGGUUGUAGCCCUAACUCUGUAGCACUCCAGAUGGUGGCAGGGGAUUUCCAGCAUGAACUAUUAAAAUUGGCACAAUUAAGUGUUACCGUGACUGGAGAAAUUUUUCGACUAGGGGGAUCAAAAUUGCACCCUGUGAACCAUCAUCAGGAUGAUAGAGAGCUCAGGAGUAGAAAAAAAACACACAAUUAUCUAUCAUCCUUAGCUCUUUAUCAUCCUUAUGAUGGAUCACAAAGUGUGAUCCGUAACGUUUAUGUGAAUACAAGCACGGAAUCAAAUCCAGAAACAGCACAAAGAGAGUCAAUUGGCAGUAGCUCAUGGUCUUCUGUAAAGAUUAAGAGUGCACGAAUCAAGAGAGCCCAGCUCGCAGAUAAUCGGGAUAACACGUUUUACAGAACCAUAUCUAUUCUGGGUAUAGCGUGGAAGGAAGAAUCAAUGGAUUCUGCCGCCCUGCCAUUUACGAAUUCCUCGAUUAGACCACAUCCUGCCCCUCAAAAUAUCCAUUUGAAGCCCUCGAAAGUUUCUGCAACUUUCUGCAGAUGUGAACACAGCCCCCAAUCAUCAUCCUCAUUAGCGAAUGCAAACAGCGGUGCAGUUCGCCAGCUGCCCACUCGCUACACCUCAAAUAAGCUGUUCCGGGCCCUCAAGAAGGAAAAGGAUCCUUUGAAGGCCUUUACAAUGCUUCAAGGGGCCAUAACCCAAAAGGGGUGCAGUCCUGGCCUUUCAGUCUGCGAAUUGCUCAUUUAUCGCCUGGGCUGUGCAGGGCAUUUGGAGCAAAUGCGGGAUGUUUUGAGCUUAAUGAGUGAACCAACAGAGAAAGCCUUCUGCAGCGUCACUAUGAGCUACGCCAAAGCGCACAUGGUCGACCAGGCCCUUGGAGUCCUUGACGAAAUGGAGGUAGCACGAUUCCCACCCACUAACAAAAUCUACAACAUUUUGCUGAAUUUUCUUAUUAAUGAAAACAAGUUUACUAUGGUGGAAUCACUGUAUUCAAAAAUGAUGACUGUUGGGAUCCAACCAGAUGUUAAGACCUUCACUACAUUGAUCAAAGCCCAAUGUAAGGUUGGCAACAUGGCUUCUGCGUUGAGUUUGUUGAAAAAUAUGUCUUCCGACUUUGGUUUGGUCCCUAAUGAAGUAACAUACAAUACUCUUAUGGCUGGGUUUAUUCGGGCGGAUAGGAUAGAAGAGGCUUUGGAGUUGUUGAAGGAAAUGAAACUAAAUGGGUGCACUCCUGAUAUUGUGAAUUACACAACGCUAAUUAAUGGAUUCUGCAACAAGGGCAAGAUGGAUGAGGCUGCCAAAUAUCUAGAGGAGAUGCACGGAAACGGGCUAUGCCCCGAUAUUGUGACUUUAAGUUCAAUAAUCAAUGGGUUAUGCAAGCAGGGCUGGGUGAAUGAGGCUGCCAAGCUUCUAGAGGAGAUGCAUGGAAGCGGGCUCAAUCCACAUACUGCGACUUUCAAUACACUAAUAAAUGGGUUCUGCAAGCAGGGAAGAAUGGAGGAGGCUGUUAAAUUGCUGGAGGAGAUACGUGAAAAUGGGCUCUACCCAAAUACUGUGACUUUCAAUAUACUAAUCAAUGGGUUUUGCAAGAAAGGAAGAAUGGAAGAGUCUGUUAAACUUCUGGAGGAGAUGCGUGGAAGUGGGUAUUACCCAGAUGCAGUGACUUUCAAUACAGUAAUCAAUGGGUUCUGCAAGCAGGGAAGAAUGGAGGAGACUGUUAAACUGCUGGAGGAGAUACGUGAAAAUGGGUUUUACCCAAAUACUGUGACUUUCAAUAUACUAAUCAAUGGGUUUUGCAAGAAAGGAAGAAUGGAAGAGUCUGUUAAACUUCUGGAGGAGAUGCGUGGAAGUGGGCAUUACCCAGAUACAGUGACUUUCAAUACAGUAAUCAGUGGGUUCUGCAAGCAGGGAAGAAUGGAGGAGGCUGUUAAACUUCUGGAAGGGAUGCGUGGAAGCGGGCAUUAUCCAGAUACUGUGACUUUCACUACACUAAUCAAUGGAUUCCGGAAGCAGGGAAGCAUGGAAGAGGCUUUUAAACUUUUGGAGGAGAUGCGUGGAAAUCGGUUUUUUCCAGAUUCUGUCGUUUUCAAUCAGUAAUAAGUAGGUUAUGCAGAGCAAGACACCUAGACAAGGCAACAGGCUUACCUGAAAAGAUUGUAGGAGAGGGCAUUAAGCCUGAUGCUUUUACAUAUAUUACUGUAAUUUUAGGUCUGUGCAUUAUGGGGAGGUCCCAAGAGGCAAGAAGGCUUCUGGACGAAAUGGCUGUGACAUGAAAAAUUGCCCUCCGAAGCCUCCAAUAUUUCUAAUCUGGAGUUAUACAAGGGUUAACAGUCGACCUUGGUGAGUAUGUGGAUCAAUUGUUGGAGUUGUCGACCAUUGGAUGUAGCCCUAACUUUGUAGCACUCCAGAUGAUGGCAGGGGAUUUCCAGCAUGAAAUACAAAAACUGGCACAAUUAAGUGUGACCGUGACUCUGGAAAUUUUUCGAUUAAGGGGAUCUAGAUAAAUAUCUCUACAACCUGAAUCAUUUCCAAUUCAAUAGGUCUUGCUUUUUAUCGGAGGUCAUGUGAAAUGAUUUAGUAUCUUUGCAGUGACGAUUGUUUUAUGAUUUGCUUGGUUAUAUAGUUAGCGUAUUGAUGACUUCUGGUUUUGUUAAUGACCCUAAUAAUGUGGAGCAAGUUGAGAAUCUUUUAUUGGUGAAUUAUGUUGCAGCUAAUGACAGUUUGAUUUCUGUCACAUCUUAUAUUAAGAAUUUACCUCUGUGCUCUCAUGUAAAUUCUUGAACGACGCCAAACUGUUGGAUGAAGAAGAUUUCUGAAAGCUUUUAUACUUACAUGCUUUCCUUCAGUUCAAACUGCUCAAAUGUUUUGAAGAUUUAGUGGAAGAGUUGAAAAAUAUAUAUGGGGCCUAACCUUGAGCAUUAAAAGUUUUAGGUGAACAAGCUUGAUCAGAUCUACUGGAAACGCCAAUUGGACAACCUUCCACAAACACUGCCAUAUGAGAUAUUGCACAAGAUAUUAAAAGUAAAGUACAACUCUUUUAGUAGAAAGAUAGGAAGUGUUUUCGGAUGUUGCUCAUUACUUGGUGCAAGAAGACAAACAUUUGGCCUUGACAUAUUUGGAAUGACUAUAUUUCACUGCUUUGGUUUGCCUUGAAAUUCUCCUCCAUCAAAUUGAAUUUGCUGAUGCUGGUUUCAAUGAUGGAAUCCAGCACUAUAAAUGUCCAUUUCAUAGGGAAUUUGUUAUUCAGAUUGUAAGGGCAUUCUCUCUAUAGUCAAUAUCAAGUGCUCAACUAAUUUUCCCUUGAGUAUGAACA